GGCGGUGGGGGUCUGCAGGGAUCUGACCCCCAGCUGGACUCACCUUGCUGCGUUUGGUCUGUUUUAGGGGUCAGAGCACUGGGAAGGGGCCUCCCCAGUGCCCGGUGUUUGAAGGUGUCUACAACAACUCCCGCAUGCUGCACUUCCUGACGGCUGUCGUGGGUUCCACCUGCGACGUGAAGGUGAAGAACGGCAGCACCUUUGAGGGCAUUUUCAAGACGCUCAGCUCCAAGUUCGAGCUGGCUGUAGACGCUGUGCACCGCAAGACUUCGGAGCAGACGGCUGGGCCGCGGCGUGAGGACAUCGUGGACACCAUGGUAUUCAAGCCGGCUGACGUCAUGCUGGUUCGCUUCCGCAACAUUGACUUCAACUAUGCCACAAAAGACAAGUUCACAGAUUCAGCCAUUGCCAUGAACUCCAAGGUGAACGGGGAGCACAAGGAGAAGGUGUUGCAGCGCUGGGAGGGCGGCGACAGCCACAGUGAUGACUACGACCUCGAGUCCGAUCUGUCCAACGGCUGGGACCCUAACGAGAUGUUCAAGUUCAACGAGGAGAACUAUGGUGUGAAGACUACUUAUGACAGCAGCUUAGCAUCCUACACCGUGCCCCUGGAGAAGGACAACUCGGAGGAGUUCCGGCAGCGUGAGGCACGGGCGGCGCAGCUGGCACGGGAGAUUGAGUCAAGUCCACAGUACCGGCUGCGCAUUGCCAUGGAGAACGAUGAUGGGCGGAGCGAGGAGGAGAAGCACAGCUCCGUACAGCGCCAGGCCUCUGGCCGCGACAGCCCCAGCCUGGCCACCAGGGAUGGCAAAUACAACCCGUUGCCACAGCGUGUGCGCGAGGGCUCCCGUGGAGGUGUGCGCUGCAGCAGCUCCCGUGGCGGGCGGCCGGGUGUGGGUGCCCUGCCUCCCCGUGGCGGUGCCCACCACCCAGAUGGUGGUGCCAGUCCUCUGCCUGAUCCGCGUGGCAUCAACGGAGGUCCCUCACGGAUGUCGCCCAAGUCACAGCGUCCCAUCCGCGGCGCCAAGGCCAUGUCGUCUCCUGGCAGCCGCCCUGUGGAGGUCUCGGCAGCUCCCCCGGCAGUGGGCCGCAUGUAUCCCCCACGCUCCCCCAAGGCAGCACCAGCUCCAGAGUCUGCGGCUGCCCCCGCGUCCCCCUCUGAGUCCAGGACAGCUGCUCUGGAGCCCAGCACUGCUGCCGCCCCUAGCCCACCAUCACCCAAGGCGGGUGCCCCCAUGCUGCCUGCUGCCCCUGAGGCGAAAGAGGCACCAGUGCCAAAGGACCCUGGCCGAGCCUCCGAGGUGGCAGGGCCCCUGGAGCCGGCAAAGCCAGCAAGCAAAGUAGGGCUUCAGACAGAGCAGCAGCGAAGCCAGCUGGAGGAGCUGCGCAAGUUUGGGGCUCAGUUCAAGCUCCAGCCCAGCAGCUCCCCUGAGGCUGGCCUGGAGCCCUUCACUGCCCGGCCUAAGGAGCCAACACCUGAGGGCAAAGGCAAGGAGAAGGUGGCUGAGCCCUGCGAGGGGCCGGAGGAGACCCCGAAGCCUGGUGGGGCUCCGGAGCUGGCGCCGGAGGGUGGCAAGGAGGAGAAGGGGCUGCCGGAGGGGCCUGAGCGCCCGGAGCCUGCCAGCCCCCCCAGCAAGGCUGAGGCUGAGGACAAGGAGGACGGGCCUGUGUCGGAGCAGGUGAAGAAGUCAACGCUGAACCCCAAUGCAAAGGAGUUCAAUCCCUCCAAGACGCUGCUGUCCGUGAACAAGUCUACGAGCACGCCCACGUCGCCAGGGCCCCGCACCCACUCGACGCCAUCCAUCCCGGUGCUGGCGGCCGGGCAGAGUGGCAUGUACAGCCCCCAGUACAUCUCCUACAUCCCGCAGAUCCACAUGAGCCCUGCCGUACAGGCCCCGCAGAUGUACCCCUACCCUGUUUCCAACUCCGUGCCUGGGCAGCAGGGCAAGUACCGGGGCGCCAAAGGCUCGCUGCCCCCCCAGCGCUCGGACCAACACCAGGCAGCCUCCGCGCCCCCCAUCAUGCAGGCGGCGGCGGCCGCGGGGCCCCGCCUCGUGGCAGCCACCCCCUACUCUUCCUACAUCUCCUACAAUCCACAGCAAUUUGCCGGGCAGCCUACCAUGAUGCAGCCCAUGGCCCACUACCCCUCGCAGCCUGUGUUCGCGCCCAUGCUGCAGAGCAACCCGCGCAUGAUGACGUCAGGCAGCCACGCCCAGGCCAUUGUCUCAUCCUCUGCCCCCCAGUACCCACCAGCUGAGCAGCCUGCACCCCAGCCGCUCUAUGCCACCGUCCACCAGUCCUACCCCCACCACGCCACCCAGCUGCACCCCCAUCAGCCGCAGCCUGCCACCACACCUACCGGCAGCCAGACGCAGGCCCAGCAUGCCGCUCCCAGCCCUGUGCAGCACCAGGCUGGGCAGGCGCCGCACCUGGGCAGCGCGCAGCAGCAGCCCAACCUGUACCACACGGCCGCGGCGCUGACAGCCACACCGCCCUCCAUCACGCCGGGCCCCGGUGCCCAGUCCCCGCAGACCAGCUUCCCGCAGCCUGCUGCCGUCUAUGCCAUCCACGCUCACCAGCAGCUGCAGCACAGCUACCCCAACAUGGCCCACGUCACCCAGGCCCACGUGCAGACGGGGCUGCCGGCUGCGCCCCCCCCACACCCCGGCGCGCCGCAUCCGCCCCAGGUGAUGCUGCUGCACCCGCCCCAGACCCAUGGUGGGCCCCCGCAGGGGGGCGUGCCCCAGAGUGGCGUGCCCACCCUCUCAGCCUCCACCCCAGCCCCCUACACCUAUAUUGGUCACCAUCAAGUUCAGUCCCACCCGUCCCAGCAGCUGCCAUUCCACCCCCCUGGGAACUGACGCCUCCGGUCCUGGCUGUGAACUGAGAUGCGUCCAGUGCAGCCUGGCCCAGCCCGGCCCAUCGCGCUGGGGGAGCAGGGGGCACCACCAAGCACCUUUGGGGGGGGAGGGGGGAGUGGCAUUUUUAGAGGUGGGGCUGGCGGGUGUCAGUCACUGCCCCCCUGCGGCUGCCCCAAUGCCUGCCUUUUAUUUCCUAUAAUUUAUAAGGG